CCUUUUGAGAUAAGGAAGCCUAAAACGCUCUCCGAGCUGAUCUAUCUGAAAUCUGAAUGGACCCAUCUUAUUUCUGUUUCAGGUGGAAAAUGAAUGUGGAGAGAUUCCCACGAUUAUAGUUCAGAACAAAAUCGAUUUAAUGGAUCAAUGUGUAGUCGGACCAGAUGAAGCCGAGCUAGUAGCAAGGGCACUGGGCUGUCGACUCAUGCGGGCGUCUGUGAAGGAGGACGUAAACGUGGGCGCGGUGUUCCGAGCACUCGCUGCGCGCUGCCUCGCCGACAUGCGUCGCGAACACUCGACCGACUCGCCGCCGCCCUGUGUGGCGCCCGUCAUAGGUACAUUCACCAACCACAACAGUAACGGCACGAUCCUGCUGCGACCGACCAAGCAUCGGUCCGGCGGCAAGAAGAAAAACGUUCUCAAGAGCGCUUGCCGGAUAUUGUGAACUAUGUUAAUAAAACAAAGACAUUUUGA